UGAUUCAGUCGGACGUCGACGACCAAGACGCUCGCUCGCUCGCUCAUUCAAUUAAUUUCAACAACUGUGACGCCUUUCUUCUUUCUUUUUCUUCCCCCCUCACUUUCCGUUUGGAUUUGUUUGCUCUCGCCAUCUUUUUGAGACGUCGUUCCAGCCGUACUCGACUCGGUUGUGUCUUGCAGCACGGAAUGAAGUUGUGCUCUUUGUAGUUGAGUUUUCGUGCCUCGUUUGUGCCACCUUUUUGAAUCGAUUCGCAUCAUUCAAUCAGGUCAUCUUUCAAAGUGCGUCUUGGGCCCUCUGUUGGCUGUCUAUUCUCGACCUUUUUCUUUUCGCAACUGCGUGCACACGAGCGCGAGAGAAGCAGCCGACGGCAGUGAGCGCCGAGAGCUGGGCCGUCUCAACUUGCAACGUCGUCGGAGUUUGGCGUUGGCGGCGAAAUAGGCAACUGUGCGGCUAGCGCGUUCUGAUGGCGGACAAAAGGACGCGAAUUUCUCUUCCGUGAUGUGUUUGGCAUGUGGCGGUGCUCGCACUGCACCGGCCGUUGCGCGUUUCGAGCGUCACCGAGGCCGCGAUGGAUCGCGUUUGCUGCUCAAUAGCUACCCUUCAUCGCGCAUCGCAUCCUCUUCGUUUUGCCUGCCUUUUUGGCCUCGUUGGCUGCGAGUGUUCCAGCUGGCCCCCGCCACCUUGGCCUGAUGUGCCACCGCCUUUUUUUUUUGCCCGGCCGACGCCGUUGGCCAAUCAGAUUUCCGCCCGUGUUGGCCGUCACCGCCGUCAUGACGCGUAGUCGUCGCUCAUCCUGACUCGCUCAAGUGAACGUCCAAACAAACGAAAGAUUUCUUUUUUCCGUCUCUUCCUUUUGUUUCAGCGCAAUAAUCCAGCGCAUCCGCAUCCGGCCCUCAUUUCAUAUUCAAAACUCGGAACUGCCUGUGUUUGCGGCUGUCUCGAUCGGAAUUAGCGGCUGGCAGCGCCACCGCACUGGCAGUUUUGGUAGCGCGCGCGCGCGUUUCAAAUUCAUUUCGUUUGAAGUGACCGUUCAAUUUUGUCGAUUGACUCUGCCCAUCGCAGCGUCGUGCGUUUUGUUGUCCUGUCGGCCUUUUUGUCCGCGUCCACAGCCGGCCCUGCUUUGUGCCCCAACAGCUGGAUGACACAGGAAGCGGCAGACGAAGACGAGGACGACGACGACGGCGACGAAAGAAAAGUAGCCAAGUGGCCGGACGGUUUACCACCUCAAAAUGGAUCGAGUGUAAUCAGUGUCCAGCUCCUUUUGCGCGUCCUCACACGCCGCUCCGAUAGAGACGGCUUGUUGUGUGGGCCAACACAAGACGGACGGUCACGCCCAUUGUGCUAGACACGGCCAUUUGUUCAAUUUUUUUUUUUGAAGUGUUUGUGCCUCGUGAAUUUUUUUGUUUUUCUUCCUUCCUCGCCCUCCCCUCAAUUCAAAUCCCAAAGAAAACAAAAAAAAAAAAACGGUGUUCAAUAUGAUGUUCACCGGCUCACACGCGGCCAAGAAGCGGAGUAGUAGCAGCACCAGUCACAAACAAAGGCAAUUUUUGUCGCAGGAACGACAACAUCCGGCCGCCAUCGCAGAGCGGAGCGUUGACCGCACCCGCCUCAGCUGUCAGGAGUUGAAACUUCGACCUACCGGCCGGCUCAAUGUCCAGGUGCGACACUUCCGCGAAAGUGACGGUCCCGCGUUGGACGGUGACGACUUCAGUCUGGGCGGCGGCGGGAUCACGCGCCGUCGCGGAGCCAUCAAACAUCACAAAGUUCACGAGGUCAAGGGCCACAAAUUCGUUGCCAAAUUCUUCCGCCAGCCGACCUUUUGUGCCUUUUGUCGCGAUUUCUUAUGGGGGUUCGGCAAGCAGGGCUACCAAUGUCAAAUUUGCCAAUGUGCUGUGCACAAAAAGUGCCACGACAAGAUCCUCGGAAAAUGCCCCGGCUCCGGCAAGGAAUCCCAAAACACCAUCUACCUGCGAGAGCGGUUCAAAAUCGACGUACCGCAUCGGUUCCGCGUUCACAACUACAUGUCGCCCACCUUUUGCGAUCAUUGCGGAUCGCUACUCUACGGCCUAUUCCGGCAAGGACUAAAAUGCGAAGUCUGCAAUGUCAACUGCCACAAGAAAUGCGAGAGGCACAUGCCAAAUCUGUGCGGAGUCAACCAGAAACUUUUGGCUGAGGCUCUCUCUUCAGUCAAACGAGGGAGCAGCAACAAGUCGCCGCCGACAUCGGUCAAGUCGGAGUCAUCGUCAAAGACGUCGAAGAAGUCGACCAAGAACUCGCAAUCGACGACCCGUUCCAGUGAGGACACCACGUCUGGUGGCUCAACAUCUUCAGCCGACGAGGACGAAUCCACAGAUUCGGACAGCGAGGGACGUACGGGGAAACGGCCUGGCUCGGCUGUUGUUGGCAGUAGCGUUAGUAAUAAUGCGACAACCAGUAGCACGUCCUUAUCUUCGGUUCCAGCUCGUUGCGAACCGCCCAUCAAGACGAAACCGAAAUUCCGCAAGUACGGCUACGACGAUUUCCAGUUGGUCAAAGUCCUCGGCAAGGGCAGUUUUGGCAAGGUGAUGCUGGCGGAGCUGAAAGGCACCGCUUCUUAUUUCGCCAUCAAAUGUCUGAAGAAAGACGUGGUGCUCGAGGAUGACGAUGUCGAGUGUACCAUGAUCGAGCGCAAGGUGCUGGCACUUGGCACGAAACAUCCUUAUCUCUGCCAUCUGUUCUGCACUUUCCAAACAGAGUCGCACCUGUUCUUUGUGAUGGAGUAUUUGAACGGGGGCGAUUUGAUGUUCCACAUUCAGCAGAGCGGUCGCUUCGAGCAGGAUAGAGCCCGGUUUUACGCGGCCGAAAUCGUCUCCGGACUCAAAUUCCUGCAUAAAAAAGGCAUUGUCUACCGAGACCUGAAACUGGACAACAUCCUGUUAGACUUUGAAGGUCAUAUCCGCAUCGCCGACUUUGGCAUGUGCAAACUGCAGAUCUACCUGGACCGAACAGCCGAUACUUUUUGCGGCACGCCCGACUAUAUGGCACCUGAAAUCAUUAAAGGGCUCAAGUACAACCAGUGCGUUGAUUGGUGGUCGUUCGGCGUCCUUCUGUACGAGAUGGUGGUCGGACAAUCCCCGUUUAACGGCUGCGAUGAAGACGAACUCUUCUGGUGUAUCUGUAACGAGCAGGCUUACUAUCCUCGUUUCCUAGCCAAAGAAACUAAAGCCGUCCUUGUCCUGCUCCUAGAAAAGGAUCCUCAGAAACGAUUGGGCACGUCGGGUUGCUCAGCCGGUGACAUUGUCGACCAGCCUUUUUUCAAGACCAUCAACUGGGACAAACUGGACCGUAAAGAGAUUGAACCGCCUUUCAAACCUAGAGUGCGACACAUCUUGGACGUCCAGUACUUUGACUCGGCUUUCACCAUCGAGAAACCCCAGUUGACACCCGUCGACAAGGAUAUCCUGGCUUCAAUGGACCAAACCCAGUUCCGAGGUUUUUCCUACACCAAUCCAAACACCACGGACUGAAAACGAAGAAAAAAGAUGCCGGAAAAUGGGAAGAACUAUCAUUGCUACGUACAAAAUUACGUAAAACAUCCAUUUUAGACGCAUUUAGACGCAUGGGAACGUGAAUUUUGUCGGCUUGGACAGCCCGUUCAACCCUUUGAAGAAUAUUUUGGACUUUCUCCGUUUCGUACGUUCGUCCUGGUAUCCAGUUGAGUAAAAAUGCAAAAAACAAAUGCAAAAAAACCAAAAAUUAAAUAAUUAAAACAAUAAAAAAAUAUAUCUAAACAAAAAAAACAAAAAAAACCAAAAAAACAACAUAAAAACCAAACCAAACAAAUAAAAAAAAAUUAUCUGGUUUGCCUUAAUGAUCAGUGCUGACCUUUGUUGUUUUCCAGCCGUUUGGAAAUUUGAGUCCAUCGGUACAGUUUCGGAGGACUUUUUUUUUUUUUUUUAACCUGUAUACUAUUACAGUCCGCAUUUGUUAUUGUAUUGUAGUCAACCUUCGGAAUGACCGAAUCCUCCCAUACCCUACUCAUACACCAAUUUCGGUGAUGCUCCCAGAGCUCGUUAUAUUCAACCUGAACUCUUUUUGAUGUACAGUUUUCCUUCGCCCAACAAUCCUUGUACUUUUGUUUUAUUUACCAACUUGUUUGCUGCUGUUGUUUUUGGACUUAGGACCUGCAAGAAGAUGACAUCGAACUUUAUCGAUGCCUAGGUGCUUGCAGACACUUUUAUCGCUAUUAUUACGUUAAAAUUGUAUUAUAAGCCACAUCACACACAAUUUAAAGUGCUUGCUUGUCUAGAAAUCUAAUUUUUUUUUUUCAAUUAUUGUUUUUAAAAAUAAAUUGGAUAUUCAUUUUUUUAAUGCCGAAAAGAAAAAGAAAUAUACACACCCUAUUCGGACACGAA